AUGGGGAAGAGUGCUACUAUUCAUGCUUUAAUUUGUGCUGAGUGUCCAACUGCUUAUUAUGUCCAUUGUUCAGCUCAUCGCCUUCAACUUGCCUUGGUUGCUGCAUCUCAUGAGGUAAAACAUGUUCAUCAAUUUUUUGAAAAAUUAAACUUCAUAAUUAAUAUUGUUACGUCUUCUUGUAAACGUAAUGAUGAGUUAAGGGUUGCCCAAGGAAGUGAAAUUGCAAGAAUGAUUACUAUUGAUGAACUCAAAUCAGGAGUUGGUCUUAAUCAGAUUGGUACUUUGCAUCGAGCUGGAGCUACUCGUUGGAGUUCUUAUUACAAUUCAAUAUGCAGUUUGUUUAAAAUGUUUAAAGCCACAUGUGAAGUUCUUGACAAUAUUUCUAAUGAAGGAAAGACAACAUCACAUCGUGGAGAUGCAGAUAAUGCAUACUCAUUAUUGACAUCUUUUGAUUUUAUCAUCCUUUGUCAAGCUUUGCAACGAAUGUCUAAAGACAUUUUAAAUGCUUUACACCUGGUUUCAACUACAAAAGAGUUACUUCAGAAAUUAAGAGAGAUAGAUUGGGAAGCUUUCUUGGUUCAUGUUCAAGAAUUUUGCAUAAAACAUGACAUUGACAUUCCAAAUGUGAGUGCAAAAUAUAUUGGAAGGAGAAGUCGUGCUCAAAAUGAACAAGAUUUGAUUAGUUUAUCAACUACAUCUGAAUUAUGUCAAGGGCUAGCAAGAACUGGAAAAUCCAUCAUUUACCUUCUUAUUGAUAGAGUGAUUAGACUUGUACUUACUCUUCCAGCUUUUACAGCAACUACUGAAAGAUCUUUUUCAGCUAUAAAGAUAAUCAUGACCAGGCUUUGA